AUGCGCAGGAGUAUACCUUGGUCAUCGAGGCAGAGGUACAUGCUUCCUCAUGCUCGGCAGCUGGUGGCAUUCUGGGGAUUCUACUUGAUUUUGUUGUUAGCUGAGCUCAGCGCUGCAAAAUCAUCAUUGGAUUUGACCCCCCAAAAUAUGUGCAAAACAGAAGCCUGCAAAGAAAGAGCUAAAAUGAUGUUGGACAGCAUGGACCAGACAGAGGAUCCUUGUACUGACUUCUAUGAAUACGCCUGUGGAAAUUGGAAAAAAACUCACGAAAUACCUGACGACGAGUCUAAAUUCGGAAAUUUUCAUAUCCUUGACGAUAAAGUUGAAAUGGACGUAAAAAAUAUUCUAUUGAACGCUACACUUAAGGAAGAAGAACCGCAGAAUGCUACUAAUAAGGCUAUUCUGGCCUACAGAGUCUGCCUUUGUGAGACUGUCAACGAAACAGAGAAAUUUAAUGACCUACUCAAGUUACUUCAGGAAGAUGGCUUUACCAAGUGGCCUUUACUGAAUAAAGAAGAUUCACCUUAUGAAAACUACACUCAACUACUCAGCCAAUCAACUUUUCUUCCAUUUGUUAGUUUCGCAAUAUUUCAGGAUGCUAAAAAUAUUCAAUCAAACGUGAUUUACCUCGACCAAAUCACCUUUAACUGGGCUGGUCGAAACCAACUGAUUAACCAGACGACAGAAGAUAAUAAAAAAAUAGUAGCUGCCUACAAGAACCUCAUUGCGUCAACUGCGAAGGUCUUCAUGCCCAACUUAACUGAGGACGAGGCACAGCGACUUUCUGAGGAUAUAUUACAGUUUGAGGCCAAACUGGCAAAGCACUCUAAGGCUGAAGAAGACAGGCGUAACUUCUCCUCAAUGUACAACGAAAUGAAUAUCUCCACCUUGUCUGAAAAGUAUCCCAAGAUUGAAUGGCUCAAACUAUUAAAUCAUGAGUUUGCACUGGCCAAUAUGACACUCAAUGAGAGCGAACGCGUGAUUGUAUUCGAGACUGAUUAUGUUCAAGAUAUUGAGAAUAUUCUGGAAAAAGCAAAUGUAUCUACACUGUACAAUUUUGUGUUCUGGAAGUUGAUUCGAACUUAUGGUUCUGUGGCAUCUAAAGAGCUUGAGAAGCUCGUCUUUGAGUUUAAUAAAGAGGCACUUGGCGUAAAAAAAGACGAACCACUGUGGAAGAAGUGUAUCGCCAAAAUAUCAGGUUCAAUGGCACACGCAGUAGGUCGUCUUUAUGUGGACAAAAUGUUUGAUCCCAAAGCCAAGAAAACUAUCGACGAAUUAGUGGGUGUAAUUAACAAUACUUUUGAAGAGAUGCUUGAAAAUAAUACAUGGAUGGAUGAUUCUACACGUGAGGAGGCAAUGGAGAAGCUUCGAAAAAUGGGAGCAAAAAUUGGUUACCCUCCUUGGAUACUGAACGACACGUACCUUAAUGGCCUUUACGAAUACAUGCCUGCAGUUUCUUUGAACUAUUCGUUUCUGAAUGUUCUGCACGGCUUGGAUCUUAAUCGCGACAUUCAGGAACUUCUAACUUUACGAAAACCAUAUAAGAAAGAAGAUGAGUGGGGCACAGGUGCAGCAGUGGUAAAUGCGUUUUACAAUCCACUGAAUAACGACAUCACCUUCCCUGCUGGAAUACUUCAGCCGCCAUUUUUUCAAGACGGUGUGCCUUCAUCAAUCAACAUGGGUGCUAUUGGGAUGGUUAUAGGUCAUGAACUUACUCAUGGGUUUGACGAUGGUGGAAGUCAAUUUGAUGCUGAUGGAGAGCUGCGAAACUGGUGGACCGAGAGCGCAGAGGAAGAAUUUUUAAAGAGAGCUCAAUGCUUUAUAGACCAGUACGGCAACGUUACCGUAAAGGAAGUGAACUUGACACUGAACGGAAUAAAUACUCAGGGUGAAAAUAUUGCCGACAAUUCUGGCCUAAAAGCAGCGUAUCUGGCAUUUAAAAAGUUUAAUGACACUGACCAGGUGCUUCCUGAGUUAAACCUAACAGGAGACCAGCUGUUUUUCGUUUCAAAUGCCAUGGUCUGGUGCUCAAAAAUUAGGAGAGAAAGGCUGCUAAAUGAUGUACAAUAUGACGCCCACAGCCCUGCCAAGUAUCGGGUGAACCUUCCACUGGGAAAUUCUCCAGAUUUCUUACGUGUGUUCUCCUGCAGUCCUAACUCGACUAUGAACAUUAAAAAUAAGUGCCCAAUGUGGUAA